ACACCAUCAACUGCUAAUCCAUUUUGUUCAGUGCGGGACAUAGAAGCUGUUCCUGUGUGUGAGGAAAAAAAAAACAAGAGAGAGAGAGAGAGAGAAAGAUGGAGAAAGAAACAGAGAUGAAGCAAUCCAAGUUCAAGAGGAUUUGUGUCUUCUGUGGCAGUAGUCCAGGGAACAAAACUAGUUAUAAGGACGCUGCUAUUGAGCUUGGAAGAGAAUUGGUGUCAAGAAAUAUUGAUCUAGUAUAUGGAGGGGGCAGCAUUGGUUUGAUGGGGUUGAUUUCUCAGGCUGUUUACGAGGGUGGUCGCCAUGUAACUGGAGUUAUUCCCAAGACACUUAUGCCAAGAGAGCUCACUGGAGAAACAGUGGGGGAAGUGAAGGCAGUAGCAAACAUGCACCAAAGGAAAGCUGAGAUGGCUAAGCGCUCUGAUGCCUUCAUUGCCUUACCCGGUGGCUAUGGGACACUUGAAGAACUCCUUGAGGUGAUAACAUGGGCUCAACUUGGCAUCCAUGAUAAACCGGUGGGAUUGCUGAAUGUUGAUGGAUACUACAAUACCUUUUUGUCUUUUAUUGACAAAGCGGUGGAGGAAGGCUUCAUCAGCCCCACUGCUCGCCAUAUAAUUGUAUCUGCCCCAACACCAAAAGAGCUUGUCAAAGAGAUGGAGGAAUAUUUCCCACAACAUGAAAGAGUUGUCUCUAAGCUAAGCUGGGAAAGUGAACAGCUACAUUAGUCCUCACUUUGUCAAAUCCAAUGGUGAUUUAGAUGAUGAUGAUGAUGGAAGUUUGUGUAGAGGGUAGUUGUUAGUUAGAAUUUCGAAGUCAUAGAGACUACUAUCCUAGGUGACCACAAUUUUCUGGAGCCAGAUUCUUUGUGCUCUUAUAUUUCCUUGUUAGUGUAAACAUUUGAUUGCAAUCUAGCUAUGAAGGCUAACUACUUUGUUCAACCUGAAUUUUUCCUUUUUCCUUUUAAGACUCAA